AUGCCGAAAAGGAUAGAAUAUGCCGCGUGUUUCGGCAGAACAAUCGAAGAAAAACAAGAAGAAGAUGGCCAGCCCUCGACAGAUCCAUCCCAACAAAUUGUCGUGAGAGAUGCUUCGCUGAGAUUCGUCUCCUACGACGAUAGGUACCAAAUCGUGGUGGAGAGUCAGACUCAGUCUCUAUUUGUUGUGCCCGACUACAGUGACACUUUAACCAGCUGGCAAUUUGCCCAUCUCGGCCACAACAAUCGGGAUAUUUACAUGAAAUGUGGAUUUAUGAGAAGAUUGGCCAGAUAUUCGAUAUUCCAUUCUUUCUGCAAAACUACGAAAGACGCCUUCGAACACUUCAUAAUGGAA